GCCAACUGUUAGGAGGACUAUUAAAGAAGUAGAUCUAUCUUAAGCUGCAGCUGGCCAACUGUUAGGAGGACUAUUAAAGAAGUAGAUCUAUCUUAAGCUGCAGCUUGCCAACUGUUAGGAGGACUAUUAAAGAAGUAGAUCUAUCUUAAGCUGCAGCUUGCCAACUGUUAGGAGAUAAUAUUCACUCCUACUGUAUUUUUACUCAUCUGACUGACUACAUAGUGACUUUUAAAUCUUCAGUUGUUGUGGGACAGUUUUCUUUCAUAUGGAUUUGUUCCAGAAUUGGGCACAUGAACCAUAUACAGGAGGUUGCCCAGUAGGAAACUUUGUACCAGGAGUUAUGGAGUUUGUGCCCCUGCACUUGAGGUCACCUUUUAAAAGUGUUCAUUGGGCUGGUACAGAAAUGUCAAGUGUUUGGAUAGGAUAUAUGGACGGUGCCGUAAGUGCCGGUCAGCGUGCUGCUUUGGACGUCCUUCGUGUCUUGCAUCCAUUUUUAUUCAUGGAAGAUGAACUUAGAGCUCAUCCUAAAAUAGCCAUCAAAUAUAAACCUAUACAGAAGUCAUUUAAUGCAAAGUUUUUUGGUUUGCUGGUGGGUUUAGGCAUAGUUGUUGCUGCUGUGGUGUUUAAGACUAAGCUUCCAUUCCUUGUGUAAAACUUGGGUAUCGUAACAGGGAUACUAAAUACAAACAUUUACCCAGUUGUUGAUUUGGGUAUUAAAGUGGGAAUAAUGAAAAUACUUGCAGUAAUUACUGAAUAAGAGUGCUAUUUUUGAUAAACGUUUUUAUGAAUGUUACGAGUAUCAAAUAUAUAAAUUUUUUGUUUCGUAUAAGAUUUAUAAAUUUUCAGAAAAUGUUAACUUUUAAAUGUUUUUAUGAAAGGUACAAGUGUAUCAGUUAGUGUUCAGCAAAUUUGUAAGAGAAUCCACUUAUUAGCGUAAACAAAUAAUUAAAAAAGUAUUAUGGUUAUGUUAAAAAUAGUUAGUGAUUGUUUUGUCCUUCAUGAAUUAUGUAUUAUUUACUUUUCCAAAUAUAGUGGACUUUUUUUACCUCAAAGUGGCUAAAACUAAGUAUAAGAGUUUUAUAACUACGAGUUCAAAUAAAAAAAGCUAACUUACAGAAAAUCAUACAUUUGAAUUACAAUCUUCAAAGUUCAAGGAUUAUAAAAAUUCUUGGACUUUACAUAGAAUUCUCUACACAUACGAAACCAAAUGUUCAUAAAACCUAAUAAUUUUCACUGAUUAAAGAAUAAAUUUGAAUUUAUUUUAUGCAACAGUUUCUUUUAUAAUUUUAAUAUGCAGCUGAGUGAUUAAUGAUUGUUUGUAGAAUCUUGUAUAUUGAACAACUGAAGUCAGUUCAUUUAUACUUGGUUAUUUGUAGAAUCUUGUAUAUUGAACAACUGAAGUCAGUUCAUUUAUACCUGGUUAUUUGUAGAAUCUUGUAUAUUGAACAGCUGAAGUCCAGUUCAUUUAUACUUGGUUAUUUGUAGAAUCUUGUAUAUUGAACAACUGAAGUCAGUUCAUUUAUACUUGGUUAUUUGUCAAAUCUUGUAUAUUGAACAACUGAAGUCAGUUCAUUUAUACUUGGUUAUUUGUCAAAUCUUGUAUAUUGAACAGCUGAAGUCAGUUCAUUUAUACCUGGUUAUUUGUGGAAUCUUGUAUAUUGAACAACUGAAGUCAGUUCAUUUAUACUCUAGAAAGUUUUUUCUUAAAAUGUUGAAAGGAUAAUUAGCAUCAGUUAUAACUUUCAGUGACCUGAAACUAGUCACAUUUUCAUCCUAAUUUUAUGUAUAAACAGUCACUUCAACAGUAGCAGUUUAUGAUGUAUGUAUUACCUGGCUCUAUGAAGAAUUUUGUGAUCUAACUUAAUAAAAUUGAAAUAUUUCCUACACAUCAA